AUGACUUUGGUCAAUCCUACCGCCCCGGGUAGUGGCUCGUCUGCUGAUAUCACUCUUAUUAGCCCGCAUGCGUACAGCGUUCAGUCAUCUUUUAGCUUCUUUGGUGCGACUGGCGGAUGCAACAACCAAGGCGCCAACUGCGACAGUGCUACUUGCCCCUCGGCAUUCUAUACACCCGAUCAGACAUACGUGCAGGUCGCUUGCGAAGAGAACAACAUUAACUUCCUCAUUGCUUUCUGCGAGGAUGCUACGACGCUCUCUUGGGACUCUGGCGCUGGUAACGGUUAUCCGGCCCCUACCAGCACUCCUCCUCCGCCGCCACCACCGCCUACAACGUCGUCGACCCUUCCUCCCCCUCCGCCUACGACCUCCUCCACCCCCACUCCCACUCCGACGCCCUCUAGCUCCCCUGCUGUCACCACUACCUCUUCCACCCCUACCACCAGCUCGACAACUUCGACUUCAUCGACAACAUCUUCGGCGGCACCCACAAGCACCCCGUCUUCGGGCUCACGCUGCCCUGCCAAGAAUGCUAAGCGGUCUCUCCGCUAUAAGCGUGAUACUUUGGCCGAGCCUCAGUCCGAGGCUCGUGCGCGCAAAGCUCACAUCUCGCGUGCUGUGGCCCACCGUGGGCACUGA